CUCAUCAUCCCCUCUGUGGCCCUAAAAUAGGUCACAGCUGUAAUUAUGGCUUCACCUUCAUCCCAGAGGCUCUGGGUGGGGAUGUUGGUGGUCACCGUGGUGAUGACCAAUCUUCCAGGAGCGAUGCAGAAGUGCAUCUUUGACGAGGUUCAGGCCCAGAACAGGGUGGUCCGAGCUGCAGGCAGCCCACACACAGAGCCAGGACCCAGGAGGGCAUCACCUCAGCGAAGGAGAAAUAUAGCCCCGCCCACUCCUGCCUCCCCACAGCCAAUCAGGAUCCAGACCUGGAUUCCAAAAGAGAGCAGCAGCCUAUCAGAGGCUGAGAGAGAGAGGAUGGAGGCAGCGGUGGAGGAGGCUGUGAACAUGGUUUCUUCUUUACUGUCAGUGGAGCGAGCUCCUGGCCCGUUGCUUCUCAGCAGAGCCAUCAAUAAAUACUGCAAGUUUCUCUGGAGGAAUUCAAGCACUGCCAACUACAACAG